AUGACUGACGGUUGGAAGGACAAGUCUCAUAGGCAUCUUGUUAAUUUUUUAAUAGGUUGCCCUAGGGGCAUUGUUUACCACUCUAGCAUUGAUUUAUCAAGAAAGAGACAUACUGGGAGAUUGAUAUGCGCACAUCUAGACAAAAUUGUAGAUGUUGUUGGGCCUGAAAAUGUGAUCCAAGUAGUGACUGAUAAUGCUGCGAAUUACAGAAUAGCAGGCUUGUUGCUAAUAGAGAGAAGACCCAAUCUUUAUUGGACUGCUUGUGCUGCAUAUUGUAUUAAUUUGAUGCUCAAGGAAAUAAGGAAGCUGAAGAGGGUUAAAUAUUGUAUUUUGAGGAGCAAGUUGAUUCUAAGGGUUAUAUACAAUCACACAUAUCUUCAUGCUUUGAUGAGGGAGCAUUGCAUGCGAGAGAUUGUCAAGGAGUCCACUACUAGAUUCGCUACAGCGUUCCUUACGAUACAAUCGAUAUUGGUAAACAAGACAAGAUUGAGAUCAAUGAUACGCUUUAAUGAAUUACAGACUGAUAGGGCAUCAAUGAGUCAACUUGGAAUGCAGGUUGAAACCACCCUUCUCGAUCGGAGGUUAUGGGCUCGAUGUAACCAUGUUGUUUCUAUAACUGAACCUUUAGUACAUGUGCUGAGGUUAAGUGACUCUGAUGAUAAACCCGUAAUGGGGUUUCUGUUUGAUACAAUGAGACGUGCAAGGGAAGCUAUAUUUGAUAAUAACAUAUGGAAUGAAGAGAUAUUAGAGAUUGUUGAUCGUUGGUGGAGAGACCAACUACACCAAGAUAUCCAUGUAACAGGGUUCUUUCUUAAUCUACAAAAUUUGUACUCCAAUGCCACUUUAGAUGAUGCAGAUAUCAUGGAAGGGGUAAGAAAUUGCAUCUAUAGACUUGAACUUAAUCUUGAAACUCAGAUGGAGUGUAUGCAACAGCUUAUUAUGUACAUGGAAAAAAAUAGGGAAUUUGCAUACAACAAUGCCAAAAAAGCAGCUGCAAAAUUGCACCCAGAGAAAUAUAUAAGGAGGAACCCCACAGACUACACGCCGAUCAACCUUGAUUACAUUUUUCGGAGCGACCUCGCCGAUGAGUGGGUGUCACUAAGGACCCCAAUACUAGACCAAGAUUUUCUUAGUGGGGCAGUUGCCGAUAUGGAUGAUAAUGUGAAUGUUGCAGCAUCCAAUGAAGGAGACAUGACAAUGGACAUGGAUGACGAUUAUACACAGGAUGAAGAUGAUGCACAUGAUGAUGAAACAGAUUAG